AUUUAUUUAUUUUGGGUGAUUCACUUUCAACGAGUUCCACCGAUAUUUAGUUUUUCCGGUGACACAAAAAAUAAAAGGCUUAAAAAAUUUUCAGCUUCAAACAUUUUGCGAUGGCUCUACUCUCCUCCACACUACGCGCUCCACUCGUCUUCUCCAAAAACCCUAAACCCGUCUCUCUCUCUUCCCUUCACUCUCGAAUCUAUCUAUCUCCUCGCUCUCCCAGGUUCCCUUCCCUUCGCUUCAUCUCCGCCGCCGGCGAUACCGGAGACGCCGAAAAGCCAUCUUCCAAUAUCUCCGACGAGUGGGGCGAGGGGUCUGAGCCCGAAACCAAACCGUUCACAUAUUUCAAGCUUCCAGAUUCGGAUCCUCCCAAGGACGAGGAUGAAUGGGGAAAAGGAGCGGCAGCUGGCGCCGGAAGCUAUAACGACGCCGGGAAUGGAACUCCAACUUUCGCUGCCGAAGCUUCGCCGGAGGCGGAGGCGGAGGAUGGAGUGGAUGAAAAUCUUGAGGGGCUGAAGCGUUCUCUUGUUGACACUGUGUACGGGACUGAGCUCGGGUUCCGAGCUCGGUCAGAGGUUCGAGCUGAGGUGUCCGAGUUUGUGGCUCAAUUGGAAGCUGCUAACCCCACCCCCGCUCCGGUUGAGGAACCUGACCUUCUCAAUGGGAAUUGGGUGCUGCUGUACACAGCAUCUUCUGAACUGUUGCCACUUUUAGCAGCAGGAUCAUUGCCUUUGUUGAAGUUGGAUAAGAUUUCGCAAACAAUUGAUACGGAUAGCUUCACUGUUGUAAACUCUACGACAUUGUCUAGCCCUUUUGCCUCGUUUUCUUUUAGUGUAUCUGCUUCAUUUGAAGUUCGAAGCCCUACAAGAAUACAGGUUACAUUCAAAGAAGGAUCACUACAACCUCCAGAAAUAAAGUCUAAAAUUGACCUACCAGAAAACAUAAACAUUUUUGGUCAACAACUUAGCCUAGGGCCUCUGCUACAGUCUCUCGGACCCCUGGAGAAUGUGGUGGCAAACAUAUCACGUGUCAUUUCAGGUCAGUCACCUCUUAAGAUUCCCAUACCGGGUGAGAGGACAAGCUCCUGGCUUAUUACCACAUAUCUUGAUAAGGACUUGCGAAUAUCAAGGGGAGAUGGUGGUUUGUUUGUUCUUGCAAGAGAAGGGAGUUCCCUUCUUGAUCAGUAAGAAAAUAAUAAUCUUUUCAUUUUGAUACUCCACCACCCCGUUUCCCUCUGCCCACCCAAAAUGUGAAAAUUCAUAUACAUUUUUUACGUUCUCGAGAUGUUAUAUGUUGUAUAUUCAAAGGAUACAGAGCUUAUGUUGUCCACAUGUAAUUUUACUAUAUAUAUAAAAUGUUGGAACGGAAUGUUCCCCUAUUAACUUAGGUGAAA